AUGAAUUAUGGCGCCUUCAUGGACUCUGCCCUUUGCUCUGCUGUCCGGCAUCUGCACGAGACGGAGACGCUGAUGCAUAUAAUCCAGGAUUAUCGGAAGCGAGCCCGAAGGCAUCAGCGGGGGCACGAGGAGGCCGAGGCGAGGCGUCUCGCAUCCGAGGCCGAGUGCCAGGAGCUUCAGGCGAGAAUGGGGUCGGCCGAGGACGAGAUUCGGGCUCUGACCGCCGAGCUCGAAGAGGAGAAGGGCACGCACGCACUUGUCAGAUCUGAAGUGCGCGCCGCGGAGGCUCGUCUGGCGGAGGCCGAGUCAUCGCUCGCUAUCCGCGAGCAGGAGGGCUUCAAGGACUUCCGCAACCAACUGCGGCGACUUCUUCCAGACUUCGACCUUAACCUGCUUCAACCAGGAGCGGGGGUCGAGGAGUCGGAGGCGGAGACGGAAGCUCCGGCAGCUGACGGGGCUGCCCAGGAGGGCCCGGCCGAGGCACCCGAGGCUGCUCCCGAGGCCGCCGAGGCUGCUCCCGAGAUUGCCGAGGCUGCUCCCGAGGCCGCCGAGGCUGCUCCCGAGAUUGCCGAGGCUGCUCUCGAGGCCGCCGAGGCUGAGGUAGGAACCUCGAUCGCAGAGGAACCAGCCGUUCCUGAAGUCGCCGAGGACAGUAGAGCUGAGCCUUAA